AUGGACGCGUCCAAGUCGUCUCCUCCUGGCUCGGUAUCGGAAAAGGGGCGCGUGUCUGAGGUCGAGGAAGCCAGCCCUGCUUCGACCUCUGUCUACAACCCCCAUGUCGACGUUAGCGGCGUGGACGAGCGCAAGUUGAUGAGGAAGCUAGAUUGGCGGCUCAUCCCGUGGCUCUCGUUUUUGUAUCUCCUGAGUUUCCUGGAUCGGACCAGCAUCGGGAACGCCAAGCUUUACGGUCUAGAGAAAGAUCUUCACAUAAGCGACAACCAGUACCUCAUAGCCCUUACAGUCUUCUUCUUUCCCUAUGCCGUACCGUCAAACGUCUUCCUCAAGCGUCUGCGUCCCUCGAUAUGGCUUUCAGGCCUAAUGUUCUGCUGGGGUAUAAUGAUGACGGUUCAAGGACUGGUGCACAACUACGGCGGCCUUCUGGGCAUGCGAUGGCUGCUGGGAAUGUUCGAAGCCGGCCUGUUUCCGGGCGUUAAUUACUACCUUUCAUGUUGGUACCGACGAUCCGAGUUCGGCAUCCGCGCGGCCAUCUUCUUCUCCGCUGCUACGGUUUCUGGAGCGUUCGGCGGUUUGUUGGCUGCCGCCAUCUCCAAAAUGGCAGGCAUCGGCGGCAAGCCCGCCUGGGCCUGGAUCUUCAUCCUCGAGGGCCUCGCGACCGUGCUCGCCGGCGCCGUCUCGUACUGGAUCAUCGAGGACUUCCCCGAGCACGCCAAGUUCCUCUCCGAGCCGGAGAAGACGGUCGUCAUCCGCCGCCUGCAGAGCGACGACCAGUUCAGCGCGGCGGGCGAGACGCUCAAGAUGAAGUACAUAUGGAAGAGCCUGCUGGAUUGGAAGACGUGGCUGGCGAUGAUCGUGUAUAUGGGCGCGGACGGCCCGCUGUACGCGUUCUCGCUGUUCUUGCCGAGUAUUAUUAGCGAGGUGCGUGGUUACUCCGCGACGCCGGCCAACCUGCUGAGCGUGCCGGUCUAUGUCCUGGCGUGCAUCUUCACCUGCGCGGUGGGAUACAUCGCAGACAGGCAUGGCUGUAGAGGGUACCUCAACAUUGGCUGCUUCGUCCUCGCGGCCGCGGGAUACAUCAUCCUCAUCGUCUCGCGCAACGCCGCGCUCUCCUACGUCGCCGUCUACAUGGCUGCCUGUGGUAUAUACCCCGCGAUUCCUAAUACCAUUGCCUGGAUCUCCAACAAUGUCGAAGGAUCGUACAAACGGAGCGUUACUUUGGCGAUGGUUAUAAGCUUCGGGAACAUAAAUGGCGCCGUCAGCUCUAACGUUUACCGAGCAAAGGACAAGCCGUGGUACACCCUCGGGCACGGCAUCGUGCUCUUGUACAUCGGGCUCGGGCUGCUCUCCUCCGUGCUCAUGCUGACCCUCCUGCGCGCGGAGAACGCGCGGCGCGACCGCGGGGAGCGCAACGAGUACAUCGAGGGCGUACAGGGCGACGAGCGCACAAAGAAGAACGGCGUGUUUGCGAGCGUGGACGAAGCGCGCCGGGAGAAGGGCGACGAGUGGAGCGGGUACCGAUACACUUUGUAG